CGCUCGUCCAUAAGUUGCGCGCGUACGUUCCCAUGACGGCCAGUUGCAGGCAGUAUACAUUUAUCGGUGUGUUCAUGAACUCAGCUGUAGUGCCGUGUGUGUGUUACGAAACAGGUAGCAUAUCGACAACGUUCAGUCACGUAUAUCCUUUACAGACGGUCCAACUUUAGAAUUGGCUGCUGAAGUUCCGUGACCAGUAGUUCUGUGAUGAAUAAAUUGCAGAACUGAGAUACUUGUAGUUGUACCAUUUGUAAUCAAGUACCUUCAAAAUGAUUUGUGGCAGUGUACCAGUAAAAGCUGCCAGCACCGUAGUCAAGGGUGGCCAGUUAUUGUUUCGGCAGUUGUUUGAGCAUAAGAGCUGCACCUACACGUACCUGCUAGCUGACCCUGGGAGUAACGAGGCUGUCAUCAUUGACCCGGUGAUUGAGAUGGUUGAGAGAGAUUCUAGGCUUGUGGAACAGCUCAAACUAAACCUAAAAUAUGCACUAAACACACAUGUACAUGCGGACCAUGUGACGGGAACAGGAUUGCUGAAGAAGACUUUUCCGCAGUGCAGAAGUGUUCUGUCGGAGCUCAGUGGUGGUAAAGCAGACAUUUACGUUAAACACGGAGACAAGGUGUCGGUUGGAGGGCUCAAUCUAGAAGUCAGAGCCACUCCUGGGCACACAAAUGGGUGCCUUACAUAUGUGCUUCAUCAGUAUAUGAUGGCUUUCACUGGGGAUGCAUUGCUUGUGCGAGGUUGUGGUCGGACAGACUUUCAGCAAGGUAACCCCAGAACACUCUACAAUUCAGUACAUCAGCAGAUAUUCAGUCUGCCCAAUGAGUAUCUUCUAUAUCCUGCUCAUGACUACACAGGUCAAACAGUAACCUCCGUAGAAAAAGAACGUACACAUAAUAAAAGGUUGACAAAGACGGUUGAGCAGUUCGAGCAGAUAAUGGCAAACCUAGGGCUGCCAUACCCUGCGCAGAUAGAUCGUGCAUUACCACUAAACCUGGUGUGUGGCCUUCAGGAACUUCUAUCGGUGAAAGACCAAACCGAACAGCAGUCAAAAACCUAAGUUGAUAGAAUGAAGAUGUUUAAACCUUUGCGAACCCUUUUCCUGCACUUCUGUUUUUAUAUGAUGGUAUAUUAAUUUAUACCUAGUGUGUUUGAUUUCUAGCAGUAAUACUGCUUAUUUAUUGAAUGCUGUGAUUAGCACGUCACGUCUGUUAUUUGUCGAAAACAUGCAUUUUAGACUAUCUUGUUGGCAGGAAUAUCUCACGAACGCAAACGCUUGAGAAAAUGCACGUCUGGAAAAUAGUUAUGAAAACUAAAUUUGCAGUAAAAAUUUGAUGCAUCUAGGUAAUUGAUGAAAGCAAUGUUUUAAAACGUGCAGUACAGAUGGAAGCACGGUACAGUGGUCCUCGUUGUAAAUUGUGUUGGGUACAGGUUAUUGGAUUAAUGUUAAUAUUUUAGGCAGAGCUCAAGAACUAAGUAGGUUUUUUACUAUAUACGUUGAUGGCUGAGUGCACUGAACUACAUUUCCAAAUAUUGUGAUAUGAAUGUAGUGUUUGCAAUUAUAGCAUGCUUUAAUGUUUUAGCUAUUAACCCAUACCUAACCAUUGACGCCAUACUUAAACCGUGUAUUACAAAUGUACGUAUACUCGUAAAAGCAAUAAUAAAAUGAUAUAUGGAAA